AACUUCCGCAUUUCAGGAUUUAUUGGAUUGAAUGAAACUGAGCUGUUUUGACUUCAUUUUUUCUUUCGAGAACUGUGUGGUAAAACAAAAUAAAACCUUUAAUACGUUACAUCUAGAGUGCGAAGUGCUGAUAAAAAAACUACUCGGUACAAAAGGAAUAUAUUCUAAUUGAUCGACGCCUCUUCUGAGAUUAUCUUUGACAGUAUCUAAGAUUUCAUGAUGUUAAAGGCAGUUAUUCUAAUCGGCGGUCCUCAAAAAGGAACUCGCUUCCGGCCUUUGUCAUUUGAGGUGCCCAAACCUCUCUUUCCUGUGGCUGGUGUGCCGAUGCUCCAACACCACAUUGAAGCCUGUGCCAAGGUGCCAAAUAUGAAGGAGAUCAUCCUGAUCGGGUUUUACCAGCCUAAUGAUGAGCUGAACCGCUUCAUAGCUUCUUCCCAGCAAGAGUUUAAAUUAUCAGUAAGAUACCUUCAGGAGUUUGCAGCUCUGGGCACAGGCGGUGGCAUUUACCAUUUCCGGGACCAGAUCCUGUCUGGAGGACCAUCUGCGUUCUUCCUUAUGAAUGCUGACGUUUGCUCUGCGUUCCCCCUGCAGGACAUGCUCAACUUCCACCACCAGCGUGGAAACUCUCACUGUGGAAUCAUUUUAUGCACUACGGCUAACAGGGAACAGUCUUUGAACUAUGGGUGCAUUGUAGAGAAUCAGGAAACAAAUGAGGUGCUUCAUUUUGUGGAGAAACCCAGUACUUUUGUUAGUGAUAUUAUCAACUGUGGCAUCUACUUGUUCACCCCAAAGAUUUUUGCCCAUAUUGGGACAGUGUUUCAGAGGAAUCAAGAAGACUGGUCGCUAGAGGAGCCUCCAUGUGGCAGGCAGCUGCGAGAGCUGAUCCGCUUGGAACAGGACAUCUUUACGAUGUUGGCUGCGCAGAAACAGCUGUACGUCUACAAAACGCAGCAUUUCUGGAGCCAGAUUAAAUCAGCAGGAUCUGCAAUAUAUGCCAGUCGUUUGUACCUGAACCGAUAUAUUGAGACACAUCCUGAUAGACUGGCCAGAAACCAAGACGGAGGCCCUAAAAUUAUAGGGAAUGUAUACAUCCAUCAGACAGCUAAUAUUGACACCACAGCUGUUCUGGGCCCUAACGUCUCAAUAGGGAAAGGUGUAAUAAUCGGCGCAGGAGUUCGAGUGAGAGAAUCAAUCGUCUUACAUGGCGCUACUCUGCAGGAUCACUGCUGUGUGCUUAACAGCAUCGUAGGCUGGGACUGUACCGUCGGAAAAUGGGCGAGAGUGGAGGGGACGCCGAGCGACCCUAACCCCAACGACCCCUAUGCUAAAAUUGACAGCGAGACUCUGUUCAGAGAUGGAGGUUUGACGCCAUCGAUUACAAUCCUGGGGUGCAAUGUGAAUAUUCCAUCAGAAGUCAUCAUUCGAAACUCGAUCGUACUUCCUCACAAGGAUCUCAACAGGAGCUUCAAGAACCAGAUCAUCCUCUAGAGAACCCUUUUGUGUAGAGACAAAACCUAAACAGUCAUAAUGAAACAAAAGUGAUUGCACAACAUAUUUUUUAUAGUAAAUACAGUAUUCUGUGUUUAUUCUUGGUGUAGGUUUACUGCUCUUUAGGUGCCUUGUAGAAUUUGAACAUUUUUCUAUUUUUUUUUUUAAAGCAACAUUUAAAGGUAUAAAGCACAUAUUAAGGUCUAUGUGAUGAAUGAUUGUAAGUAAUGAUAUAUUUCUUUACUAAUAAGAGCCUGUGAGUAAUUUACAGUGUGGUUUGUCAGAUAUCUGUCAUUCAUCAGAUCAACACUGUGAAGACUACUCCAUGUACUACACACUUAUUUUAAGGUAUUGGUGAAGGUGAUGUGAUGCAGAAGGACCUUGAUUCUCGUGCAUGUUUGUAUGAACUGAAACAGCUUUCAUUAAGACUCAUGCAUGCAUGUGUUCCCAUUAAUCUGAUGAUUUGCACACUGAAAGUAAGAAUGGUUCUGAAGUAUUCUCGCUGUAUGCAUUGGUUUCCUCAAUGGUUGUACGAAUGCUAAUUUCUGCCUAAUGUUAACUUUAUUAUAAGUACUGCAUGAAGCAUUUUGGAGCGAUGUGGAAACCACGGCAGUAUGACAAACAGAUUGCGGAACCUGAUGUUUUUCGUUUUGCUACUAUUUUAAUGAAUGAAUAAUACAUACCGGAGCCGAAUGCA